AUGGAGGAAUUCUUGCAUCUACCAAAUGGACAUCUGCUAAAUCUUCAGCCUCGACCCCGCCACGGCAAGCGGACAAGAGUCAGUAACGAGGUAUUAACGCCCACGCGAGUGCAAGAAACUACGCCCAAACCCGACGAGCGUCUCAAGUUCAGAGGCAAAGACAGCACCAGCGCUUCGCCUGACACGGCUCCGCGAAAGAAGACCCCUACCAAAUUACCCCUUCCCAAGUCUCUUACCGACAAGGAGAAACAGCAGCCAAAGGAGCAACCCGCCACUUCUGAACAGAAAGGGCAUCGCGCAGAUAGAGUUCUUCAGCCGAAGAGGUCGUUUGGAGCACUGCAGCGUUCAUCCCCCAAGAAGACAGACAACGAUCGCGACCAAUACUGGCGCAAAGUGAAGGAUAGGUUUGAGAAAGAUAUUCCCGGAGCAUCUUUCAGUAAAGAGAAACCGAAGGAAUACUACCAGGAGGCCUACCGAAAGAUAGUUUCACUAGCCAACUCUCCAAGACAGGAGAUUGCCAAACAGAAGCAGAAAUUGGCGGGAGGGGUGCCUCGGGGCGACAAAACAGUUCUCCAAGGUCCAAGCCCUCCAACAAAGAUUCCGAAUUCGAACGACAUUCGAACAAGUUUUGGGCGCACUGCGAGAGAAGGGGGAGCAGGAUCCUCUACUGGUCAAAGAAAGCGUCCGAUCAAUGUAAACCAACGAACGCACCUGAACUUCAGCAGCUCCACACCAGCAAUAUCGUCUGAGAGACCAGACACUAACACCGACUCCUCCGAACACUCACAUCCCUCAGUUUCACCCAUAUCCGCUCCGUCCAGCUCCUUAACCGAGUGGGAAGACAAGUUUGUUGUUAAUAUGCCAACGGCUAAGGAGCCAAAUCCGCCGAUCAUGACUACUCAACAAAUCUCCGAUUUUCAGCAAAGCAUUGAGAAAGUCCACAAGGAAGGCGGGGCGAUGCUAGAUCCAGACACUCCCAAGCCCGCCCCAGAGGAAGUCGGAAAGCAACGGUUCAGCACAAUAUGGGAAGAGGGCCCUGCAAAAUCGGUGAACAAGACCCCCGCUGCAAACCCAGAUGGUUCUUUUUUAGGGUGCAAGGAGAUCAACGGGCCUUACGACAAAAAUCCGGACGAGAUUCUGCUCUUCUCUAUGACGGACGAGCGCCCCAGAAUGAUAGACAUCCCGUCCGGACGAUCCAAGGUGUCGAAGGAAGGGAAGCGAAUCACCAGCAACCGUGCAACGUCGACAUCUCCGGAGAAAGCUGUCGUUCAAGAAGAAUGGAAACCAAUUUCUCGGAAUUUGAAACAAGCCCAAUGCUCGAAGCCCUUGCCCAAGACAAUGUGUCAAGAGGCAAAGUGCCGCCUGCCGGACCAGACGGAGGUCUCUGCCAAAGCGUCUAUGACGGAGAACCUGGAUCCAUCAGCAAACACAACCAAGCAGCACGACAAGCAGAAGUUGGGCCGCAAGUCGGACGAUGUUUUCAUUAUCACACCCACUAUCACACGCACUAUGGUGACCAUGGCAGACUUGAGAAGCAGCCCAAAGAAUACAGACGCGCAGGAGCCCACCUCUCGCGCCGCGGGAGAGAUAAUAUCGGACUCACGAGUAAAGCAGACACUGAGCAGUUCAGCAUCAGGCUUGCGAAGGGCUACCCAAAACUCUUGGGAAAAGUCAAAUACGCCAUGCGCAGUAUCUUCAACUGCAGUCCCUCCUACCAAUACACAUCCCACCCCCAAAAGUCGAACAGAAGCCGACCGUACCUCUCCGCAAAGACCCCGCGCUAUUCGUGGGUUCAUCCGUACGCAAGGACUGCCCAAGUCCAAAACAGAAAUAUCCGGCGAGCCAGUGUGCAAUAAUCAGCAGAAGCCUUACAUUGCUAGUGUAUCGCCUAAAAGAGGCAACGCACACUCAUUGAAGAGCGCGUCGGAUACGACACUCGUUGAGAAACCGUCAACUCCCGAGGCAAUUUCUCCUACGGCCUCGAUUAGCAAAGAUAGGGUUAGACAGGACAGCGUUAUGCAAGAGGCUGGACCUAUUGAAGUUGCUGAACUGGAUGGGCAACAAGUGUCUGACACAGCAAAAGAGUUGUUCUACUCUAAGAUUACUGAUUUUAACACUGAUCUACAUUGCAACGGUUUACCUACCCACAACAAGGAAGCGCCAAGUCAGGAGAUAAUGGGCUAUGUCAGGGAUGCUCUUAUAGAGCUCACCGGACAGCUGCAAGGUCUCUAUGAUGAAAUCAUGGCCAACCGGCAUUCCCGGGCUAUGCUAGUGAAGAUCACCUUCAAUAAUGUAUUGAAAAUGAUCGAGCACUGCUUGCAUGUCCUCAAAGAUCUCCUGGGAAUCCUGGCCCUCUACAAUACGACAGGGUCCUGGCCAAAACCCACCCGCGAGGAUUUCGCUCGGUCAUUGAUUGAUCUCUGCAAGGCUAUGGUCUACCUCAUUGCGCUCGGGUUUGUCAUGAUGGUCAUAGGCCGAGCAGCCGGAUUUGAAUGCAUAGCUAUAUCUCAUACUCACUUUGACGCAUCAAGCUCUACCAAUUCUAUUCCAAACCAACACCUGUAUUUCACCACCGCCAUCACCACGACAACAAGAAUGCAAAGAUGUUGA